GGCUCAUGAACGCGCAUUUGACACCAAAUCCUCUAGAUUACUGGAUCCCGUGCCUCGCCAAGGGAAAGAAGAUUGUCUUACCAUACCAACGGUGUUUUUAUUCGCUAUAUAUAAAUUCAAGGGACUUUGGGGGAUCGAAUAUAACAUUUCAUGGAAUAGAAUUCUUUGGAAGGGUCGUUUCUGUACCUUCUCUGUCUGCUCUUUGGUUGAGGAAAGAGCCCAGCCGCUUGCGUUGUCAGGCCAGUGUUGGUUGUUCUGAGAAACAGCAAUAGCUUCCCGUGCUUACUUUGCACUGUGAAAGUCUAUUCUUUGGACGGAAAUACAAUGCCAGGAGACAGCAAAGUGAAUAUUAUUGGAGUAACAAUCAACAAUAGGCCAUGAUGUCGGUGGAAUUUCAUUUUGUUAUGGGAUAACUGUGAUAUCGUUGCCAUAAUAACGGGUUGAUCAUCAAUGAUUUCAGUGUAACAGUAUUUGAAAUAAUUCUGAAUUGUUAUAAUACUGUAACAUAUUGAGUAUGCCACCUCAGAGUCUGCUUGACUCAGAAGAACACACCAAGGGACCUAAGUAAACACAACAAUUCAAGUCCUAUGCGGUAGAAUGCACUGAUGAUCUUCGUAUUGCUGGAUAUUCAUUCCUUUGUCAACUGUCUUAUCUGAAGAAGGCAGGCUUGAAAAUGGCAUCCUUUUUCAAUUUCCGUAAAAUCUUUAAAUUGGGUGCUGAGAAGAAGAAGAAACAGUAUGAGCAUGUCCACAGAGAUGAGAACCCAGAGGAGAUAUGGGAGAUCAUUGGCGAACUGGGGGAUGGAGCUUUUGGAAAAGUCUAUAAGGCCCAGAACAAGCAAACAGGCAUUCUGGCUGCAGCUAAAGUGAUCGAUACCAAGACGGAGGAGGAGCUGGAGGACUAUAUGGUAGAGAUCGAUAUCCUGGCCUCCUGCGACCAUCACAACAUAGUGAAGCUGCUGGACGCCUUCUACUACGACAGCAAGCUAUGGAUCCUGAUAGAGUUCUGUGCAGGUGGAGCGGUGGAUGCCGUCAUGCUGGAGCUUGAGAGGCCCCUGACGGAGCCCCAGAUCCGGGUGGUGUGUAAGCAGACCCUCCAGGCCCUCCUCUACCUCCACGACAACAAGGUGAUCCACAGAGACCUGAAGGCUGGGAACAUCCUGCUAUCCCUGAACGGCGACGUCAAACUGGCUGACUUUGGUGUGUCGGCCAAAAAUACCAAAACACUACAGAGGAGAGACUCUUUCAUCGGGACGCCAUACUGGAUGGCCCCGGAGGUGGUGAUGUGUGAGACGUUUAAGGACCGUCCGUACGACUACAAGGCUGACAUCUGGUCCCUGGGGGUGACUCUGAUCGAGAUGGCCCAGAUUGAGCCUCCCAACCACGAGAUGAACCCUAUGAGAGUCCUGCUGAAAAUAGCCAAGGCCGAUCCUCCUACCCUGAUGCAGCCGUCACGCUGGUCUCCAGAGUUCAGUGAUUUCCUAAGAAAGUGUCUCGAUAAGAAUGUGGACAACAGAUGGAAUGUGGCACAACUUCUACAGCAUCCAUUUUUGAGUACUGUGACAGACAGCAGACCGUUGAGGGAGCUGAUCGCUGAAGCAAAGGCUGAGGUUUACGAGGAGAUUGAGGAUCACAAGGAGGAAGAGGAGGAGGAGGAUGGAGAGACACAACGGGGUCACAAACGUGCACCGUCCGAUGCCAGUGUUGCCAGCUCGGAGGAUGAGAAACUCCCUCAGUCUCCCUCAGCCUCCAUCUUGGAGUCUUUACCGGAGAAGGCUGAACCGGUUAUCACAACACCACAGAUUGUUGAAAAGAUCCCUGAACCAAGUGUUGUCAAGCCAGAGGAGAACCUGGUUGUGGACACUAGCUUCGUCGAGGAGCCUGCUGUCCCUGCAGAAGUGGAGAAAAUGGAUGAGACCCUUGGUGUUCCAAUAAAUGGAGAGACAACAGAAGCCAGUGAGAAACCAGUAGAGGUGAAGGAAGAGGAGGAGAAGGUUCCAGAAACAACAGAGGUUUCCCCAACAGAACCCAGUGAGAUAGCUUCUUCAGAACCAGCUGAGAAACCAGCAGAGCCCCAACCAGAAGGAACCGUUUCCAAUGCUGAAGUCACCAUAGCCGACAAGGAGAUGGAACAACUGGCCAUAUCCAAUCAAGAUGAAAAGGAAGUGGACACAGCUGAGGUCCAGACGAAUGAGAUCACCGCAGAAGGGUCAGAGGCCAAGGAAGAGCAAACGGAAGACAAGAUGGAAGUUGAGGAGGAACCAGCCAACGGGAAGCCUAGCCGGGAAGCAAAGGUUACCGUGACAACCCCAGAGGAGACUAAGGUGGACGACAAACUCACACCUUCAUCUUCAGCGGUCUGGAAAGAGGAGGAAGGAGAGAAAGAGAGAGUGGAGUAUAAGCCAACUGUGGAGACAGGAACUCCAGUGAAGUCUAAGGAUGAGAAGGAGAGGGAUUCGGACUCUGGGAGUAGUUCUGCUGCAGAUAACGGCAGUAUAGACAUGAACCUGUCCAUCUCCAGCUUCCUGACCAAAACCAAGGAGCCAGGAACCCUCUCCAUACAGGACACCAAGCGCCAGAAGAAGACACUGAAGAAGACCCGUAGGUUCGUGGUGGAUGGAGUCGAGGUUAGCGUGACGACGUCGAAGAUCGUCACCGACAAUGACACCAAGAACGAGGAGAUGAGGUUCCUCAGGCGUCAGGAGCUGAGGGAGCUGCGUCUCCUGCAAAAAGAGGAACAGAGGGCCCAGCAGCAGCUCAGCAAUAAACUGCAGCAGCAGAAAGAACAGAUAUUCCGCCGCUUCGAACAGGAGACGACCAGUAAGAAGCGCCAUUACGACCAGGAAGUGGAGAACCUGGAGAGACAGCAGAAGCAGACCAUCGAGAGGCUGGAGCAGGAGCACACCAACCGGCUGAGGGACGAGGCCAAGCGCAUCAAGGCCGAGCAGGACAAGGAGCUGUCCAAGUUCCAGAACAUGCUCAAGAACCGCAAGAAAGAGUUCAAACAGGAAAUGCGACUCGCGCCCAGGCACAAGAGAAACGCUAUCGUGAAACGGGAAAAAAAGGAUAUAAUCACGACUCCACGUGAAGAGGGAGUGGUCCAGGGCAUGAUUCAAUCUUUUCAGUUGUCCUCCUGCACUCUCUUCAACGCCCCCAUGCAGGAUGAGCAGGAGUUCCUGCAGAAACAGCAGCAGGAGCUGGACUGUGCCCUGAAGAAGAUCAUCCAGCAACACAAACACGAGCUGGCCACCAUCGAGAGAGACUGUCUCAACCACAAACAACAGCUCCUCAGAGCACGGGAAGCAGCAAUGUGGGAGCUGGAAGAGCGCCACCUACAGGAGAAACACCAGUUGUUUAAACAACAGCUGAAAGACCAGUACUUCAUGCAGAGACACCAGCUGCUCAAGAGACAUGAGAAGGAGAUGGAGCAGAUGCAGCGCUACAACCAGCGUCUGAUUGAGGAGAUGAAGAACAGGCAGACACAGGAGAGGGCCCGCUUACCCAAGAUCCAGCGCAGCGAUGCCAAGACGCGCAUGGCCAUGUUCAAGAAGAGCCUCCGAAUCACUGGGGGCCCCAUCACACCCGAGCAGGAGAGGGAGAAGGUCAAACAGUUUGCAGCCCAGGAGGAGAAGAGGCAGAAGAAUGAGAGGCUCCACCAGCACCAGAAACAUGAGAACCAGAUGAGAGACCUGCAACUGCAGUGUGACGCCAACAUCAGGGAGCUGCAGCAGUUACAGAACGAGAAGUGCCACAUCCUGAUAGAGCACGAGACCCAGAAGCUGAAGGAGCUGGAUGAGGAGCACAGCCAGGAGCUGAAGGAGUGGAGGGAGAAACUACGACCCAGGAAGAAGGCUCUGGAGGAAGAGUUUGCCAGGAAGCUUCAGGAGCAGGAGGUCUUCUUUAAGAUGAGUGGAGAGUCAGAGUGCCUUAACCCCUCAGCCCAGAGCCGCAUCUCUAAGUUCUACCCCAUCCCCAGUGUCCACUCCACUGGCUUCUAGGGGUUAACCCAUUCAUGACACUCCGGAUGGACAUGGACAUAUAUCCACACCCACAUAUUGAAGGCAUACACAAUGAAUAGAUAUACACACUCCGGAUGGAUACACACACACACACACACACACACACACACACACACACACACACACACACACACACACACACACACACACACACACACACACUAAUAAGACUGAGCCUCUGCUGCCUUGUCCCGUCUCCACUGAUGACAAUCAGGGGGACGAAGGGGCGAUAUCUCCGAGGGGUGUGUUUGUACCCCUCUAAGGGUGAGUGUACCCCUCUAUCGGUUUCUGGACGAGGAUGGGACAGUAGCCCUCAAGCUACAGACUGUGUUAAUCAUGAAGACCCUUUUAAUGGUGAUCUGUUAUACAUAAUUGACCCCUUUUUCAUUGUAUAGGGUCGUGUUCAGUCGGGCACACCGUAGCAAGAGUUUCAAUUUGUGUUCUUAUUGUAGAAGUAGUACCUCCCCGUUUCACUCCAUUUCAAAUCAUUUUCCACUGACUGAACAAAACCCAGUUUUAUUUCUUAUAGCUUCCUCUUUUGAAAUGAGUUAUGAAGGAGAUUCUUGACAUUAUGCAUUUUCAAAUUUGAUACUUUGGCACUGUGUUCCUCAAAUCCUAGCCUCCAAGUCACUAAAGUGUCUCAGGCAGAUUACAUUUUUUAUUGAUGAUUCUUUUUCAUUUGUGAAUCUUUUUUUUUCUUGAAGAAUCUAGUGCCUGUAUACUUUUAUUUCAAUGGGCUGGCUUGUCAAAUUUAAGCUUCCUCUGAAAAAAAAUAACUAUUGCUGCUCAAUUUUUAUCCCAUUUAGUUAUUUGCACUAAAUCAGGGCUGCCCAACCCUCUUCCUGAUUCAGCUAGUUAAGGUCUUGUUGAGCAGCUAAUUAGUAGAAUCAGGUGUGUUAAAUUAGGGUUGGACUGAAAACCCACAGGACGGUAGAUCUCCAGGAAGAGGGUUGAGCAGCCCUGCACUAAAUAAAAAGGAUGAAGUAACAUUUUGUACCAGAAGUCCAAUAUAAUUAACUUAUAUAUUCAAUAUCUUUGGUGAUGUUUGAGAGAGCUAAUGAUCUGAUAAGAAUUUACUUUUGGUAAAGGAUGAAAAGCACAUUUUUUUAUAAUGAAUCUUAACAAAGGCAUGAUAUAUUUUAUAUGCAAUCACACACAUCUUGACAAGAUAUUGAAUUUAGUUUUCAAUGGACUAGGGAGUGACUGCCUGUAGUUGUGCAUGGGUUUCAAUGCAAGUUUGACUUCUUAUGUUAUAAUUAUGGUAUCAAAUGUUAUUUUUUGGAGCUUAUUAACAACAGUUUGGGAUUUAUAUUUUUCUGUCGGAAAUGGUUCCUUUCUUCUAGCCUGGAAUCCAAACUGAAUCACUACUUUCACUGUUGUUUUACUUGAACAUUUGUGAAACGGUUGAGAUUCCCAGGCUGGUAUCUUUCUUCAGGUUUCAUGAGCAUGCCUUUCAUCUUCAGCACAACUCUUGGGAUUUGUUUCUCCCUUUUUGUAAUUUGGUGUAGUCGGCGAGUGGACAUUUUGUUUUAGCAUACUAAGGAGGGGGUAUUAAAAUGGUGUUUGUUUAUAUAUCCAGACAGAGACAAGGUUUUCACUGUGGUUACUCAAAUGGCGUUGUUAAAUAAUUCGCUAGAAAUCUGUGAGGACCUAUAUGAAGGUCUGUUUUGUUAGAAUUUCAUGCAAAUGUUUGGUAUGUCUGUGUAUUGUUUAUGAAAUUGCCUCCCAUUAAUAAGGUAUUAUUGCAUUACCAUAUUCAUCAGUUGACCUGCAUGGCUUUUGGGUUUGUUUGUAAGUAAACUAUGAUACUGUUUUAUUAUCAUUCAUACUAGCUAAUAGCCUUAAUGUUUUCAACAAAAUGUAUGAAGAUACGGUAUUCAUGUUGUGGCCCUCUGUGUAGUUAUUUUAAUCAGACUUAGUUCAAGUCCCGCCCCAAGUGAUCUUUAUAUUCGUAUAGCCUACUGUAUCAUAGUCAAAUGUUUUGUUCGUUACUUAUUUAAUCUGAGGGAAAUUAAUAUGACGUUAUCAUGAGUUGAACAGUUUUGAUAACAUUUUCAGAACUAUAGUUUUAGCUUAUUUUAUCAUAGAUAUGCAUGAUCUACUCUAAAGUGGUGGUAGCCUAUAACCUUCAAUACAGUUAAAAAUCAUUUGUUAAAAAGGAACUGUUGGACCUGACUGGUUUAGGCCAUCAUGGCUUCUGAUUGAUCCAUUUGUUAUCUCACCCUUUUUUGAUUGGCUGCAGGAACAACAAUCAGUCGAUGCUAUUUUAUAAUUGGUCUGUAAUAGUGGCAAACAAAAACAAAACAUGAUACACAAUGAAGGAGUGCUGUGCACCUUACACAAAAUGAAGAUACUCUGCCAGUAGUUAUUUAUGUGGAAAUGUAUCUUUACGGUACAGUAUUGUAGUUUCCUCAAUUGUCAAAUAGUUCAUUUCUAAUCUGAAAUUUAAACUGAAUUGAAAAUAUAAUUAAAUACCAAUCAUGUCAAUAUGUGUUAUGUUAUUAGUUUCAUGAUUUCCUUCUGAUUUUCAAAUUGUAUCAUGAUUGAUUGAUUUCAGAAUGUUGUUUGAAAUUGAACUACCAUUAAAAAAAUAAUGUUUACUUUAUAGUUUAUAGAAUGCCUAUGUACUGUAGAUUUGCAUUGUUCUGUAAAUAAACAAUUUCCUGUAUACAA